ACGGGGACCGGCUCUGCCCCGAUCUCGCCUCCGCAAAAACAAGGAAGGGAAGGGAGAGGGAGGCUGGCAACCGUUCUGAUGGACACACAAACGCUUGUCGCUAAACGUCUACCGAAUCCCGAUGAAGCCUUGGGAACACGCAGCUCGCUGUAGACUUGCUUUGAAGCGGAUAGCUAUCGCACGGAAUGGGGACCCUGGAGCUCGGACCUGGGACAUUGAGAAUAUCCACCCCCAGGAAGCCGAGGAGAUGACGAGAUGCCAAAGAGUCAUUCCAUCAUGCAUGACUGGCUGGCCUGCACUACGACGAGUCACCGCGUGCUUGUCUGCUCGACUCCUGGUCUUGCCCGGUGGAUGCCAUCUCUCCCGAAGCUCGCGGGGUGGAAACCUAGUCACCACGGCCGAGACUCCGUUGCCAACCCUCACCGUCCCCCCUAGUUUUCCACGUCUGACACACUCUGUGUCUCUCCGGAUGCGGCAGGCAUCGCCUUUCGCCAAAGAGUAUUCCGUUCGGGAAAAGAAUGCCAUUCUCGCCCGCCGCGAAAGCAAGACGCCUAGGGGAUACGCCCCGCGUCUUCUAAGGGGGCGGCGGAGGCAGUCCUACUACAUCCUUUUAGCCUAAGCGAAGCCCAACGUGCAGAAAUGCAGCCGCAUCGUAGGACGGACGGGGUCGUAAGUUUAAGACAUGAUGGAACCAUAAAUUAUUGGAGCUCGGCAGAGACCGACAAGGCGAUCGGCUGUUGUUUUUGCUCCUUUCCCGGUCAGGACCGCUCACCUCUGGCAUUUCGCAAGCUGUGAGGUGAUGGGUCGGCAGAAGCCUACGUACCUCAGUU